AUGAGCGUGGAUCCAGUUCAACCCCAAUGCCAGGCUUGCCCCGAAGCGCCUGAUUCUAGGGACGCUUCUCCAAUGCCUCAGAUUUAUGGGCCUCAAGAAAAUUAUGCAUCCUUGCAACUGUCAUCUGCUGAGACCCCCAACAUGGAGACCGUCUCUCCUCUUCCUUCCUCCAUGGACCUGCUUAUUCAGAACAGCCCAGAUUCUUCCACCAGUCCCAGCGUAAAAGUGCUACCCACUUCUGCAGAGGAGAUCACCGUGAAGAAGGAAGAUCCAACUCCAGGCAAGAAACAGAAGAUCAGAACUGUCUUCUCUCAGACCCAGCUAUAUGUACUCAAUGACCGAUUUCAGAGACAGAAAUACCUCAGUCUCCAGCAGAUGCAAGAACUUUCCAACAUUCUGAACCUUAGCUAUAAGCAGGUCAAGACAUGGUUCCAGAACCAGAGAAUGAAAUGUAAGAGGUGGCAGAAAAGCAACUGGCCAAAGAAUCACAACAUUGGGACUCAGAACAGUUCUGCGACUCCAGAGUACCCAGGCUUCUAUUCGUAUCACCAGGGAUACCUGAUGAACACUUCCGGAAACCUUCCAAUAUGGAGCAACCAGACCUGGAACGGCCAGUCGUGGGGGAGCCAGAGCUGGAACAGUCAGGCCUGGUGCCCCCCAGCCUGGAACGGCCCGCUGCACGACUGUGGAGAGGAAUUUCCCCAGCCCCAGAUCCAGUUCCAGCAAAAUUCCGUCAGCAAUUUGCAGUCCAUCCUAGAAACGGCUGGGGAAAGCCAUAGUGUCCUACAGCAAACCCCUAAAUAUUUUGGUGCCCAGCAAAUAAUGGAUUUCUUCCCAAAUUACUCUGAACAUACAGCCUGA